UUGCACAAGCGCGACAUGAGGCUUCAUAACAGGACGGUGUGACACCUGUAGACGAGGCAACACGACUGCUCUCAUCACCUGAACCCACCGGUUACACCUGUAGAGACUGAGCUGUCUUUUAUUUCACGAAAAUAUCACAGACAUCCAGUCCGUGGGGAGACACUGGACAGACCCGUCCACGCCUUCUCUCUGUGGACAACAACCGCGAACCGUGUAAACCGCCCACAGUGGGGGGACAGUCGUGACCUCAAGUCUUCACCUAUCACCAAAAAUACACCAGCCAUGGAGUUGAGUUCAGUGAUUUUAACCACCGGGAGCUCCGUGGGAUUUUUCAAACUUGUCAACAUCGCGGUGGACAAUGUGCCCAUGCCUGAAUCUGCCCGCAGGAAUGCGUGGAAGUGGAGAAACAUCUCGACAUCCUUCGUGCAUAGUUUCAUCACUGCUAUCUGGGCAGUGCUCUGCUUCUUCCUCCACCCACAGAUGGCAGAGGACUUGAUAGAAACUCACUCUGUGUUUUCCCACAGUUUGGUGUCGUUUUCGAUUGGUUACUUCAUCUAUGACUUCUUUGACAUGAUCACGAACCAGAAGCUGAGCCAGGCCUGGGAGCUUCUCUUCCAUCACAUUGUGGUGAUCACCUGUUUUGGACUCUCUGUGCUGUCCUACCGCUACGUGGGCUUUGCCGUGGUGGCCCUGCUGGUGGAGAUAAACUCUGUGUUCCUCCACCUCAGGCAAAUGCUGCGUAUGGCCAGCAACACCAAAGGCACGCAGUACCGGGUCAACAGCAUUAUCAACCUGGGCACGUACGUGGUGUUCCGCAUCAACACACUGGCCUGGAUGACCCGCUGGCUGGUGCUCAACAGGGACAAGGUGCCCCUCCUGGCCUACACACUGGGCAGCGUGGGUAUGGCCAUCAUGACAGCCAUGAAUAUUGUCCUGUUUUAUCGGCUACUCAGGAGCGACUUUUUGAAGAGCAGCACUCGGGAGACCAAGAAAGAGAAGGAGAUGUAGAGAGGAGGGGAUGCAAGAAGGAUUAUAAUUCACAAACACACUCUCUAAUGUAUGUUGACGCCCUGUGGCUGAGAUUUGGUACUUGUGUGUAAUAUACUCAAAGCUUUAUCUCUCAUACUCUGCAGGUACAUGCACACAAGGUGUAGUCAAAUGGUCUUACUUCAAACGCAAGUCACACACAGCCAUUGUGUUAAAGCUACAUUUAGCUGUAGUUUUAACUUUAGGCUUGUGUACGUGUGUGUGGUCCAGUCAUCCUUAAGCACCAUUAGUGACUCACUAAUGGUAGAUCCUGGGAUUCUUCAUGUAUACAAUGUAAGGCCUUGCAAAAUGACACCAAACGCCUUAUUUCCCACAGGGUGUUUCAGCUACAUCCGUUCUAUUUACUCUAAGUGAAGAUGCACUGUUUGUAGAACGAACCUACCAACGCUCCUGUAUGUUGCCAUAUCAAACAUAGGAAACAAGUACGAAUAUCUUAAGAAUAUCUUUUUAAUCAUGUAUAUUUAUAUACACUAUUGUGGGCUAUUUAAACUCUCACAUGACGUUUAUACACCUCUGAGCUAAAAAAAAAAACAAAAAACAGUGAACUCAAAACUCUUUCAGCA